UCGUAGGCAGUUCGAUUUGAACGCUUAACAGUCUACAAAAGUAUGGCUGAUCAGCAACAAAGAUCAACUCCACCACCACCCUACGAGGGACCGUACCAUGACCAGGCUGGAACAGCUCCAGCUGCUCCACCUUCGGAGGAGUUAUAUCCACAAGUGAGUCAGCCAACUGGGUACGGUACUGAUCAGUCUGCCACAUACCCGGCUCAAGCUGGCUACCCUGUAAAUCAGUACCCCAUCAACCCAGAGUAUGAAAGCCAAGAAAAGACGCCCCUGGUGGGAGUACCGCACCCUGAAGUUGUUCACCAGACCCCUACUAUUACUAAUACUGUAGUAAUACCGGCACAGAGUAUAGUUUGGAGCAAGCAUCCCACCCAUACAUUCUGUCUUACCUGCCAAAACACUAUACUAACUCAGAUCGAGUUUAUUACAGGUACGUUCACAUGGCUGAUAGUGGGUAUUAUACUGCUGGUCGGAGGCUGGUUCAUGUGCUGUAUCAUACCCUUCUUUGCUGACUCUUGCAAGGAUGUGGUUCACAAGUGUCCACACUGUCACGUGCACAUUCAUACUUGGAAUAGACUUUGAAAGUUUUGUGUGUUCAAGUGUAGAGUACUGGACACAGUGGACAGUGAAGGAUAGUGCUGGGUUAUAUAGCGUUUUAAUAGUGUGAUGUGAUAGUAUGGGAACUCUUUUUAUUUGUUAGUUUGAAUGAAAUUUUUGUAAAGGUUAAUAAAAACAGUUUUUAUCUUUAAAUAUAUUUUCUGAAUUAUUUUUAUUUAAUUAUUUAUUUUAAUUUCAAACAAACGAUAGUACUGACUGAUGAAUGAUGGUUUUUAAUAGAGAAUUUUUUUAAAUAGAUAACUUAUGUGAAAUAUCUUUAGAUUUUAUUGCUGGACAAUUACU